CCGGGCGUAUUAUCCUGAUCAUGAAACCUUCUUAAGCGUAAGUUGUGAGUCAGAGGGAUCCUUCAGUGACUAAUCUUGUUUGCAUGCUUGAUGUCUGCUGGUUUCAAUUUUAGACUGGCGCUAACGGGAGUUUGCAAACGCAUCUGCAGAAGCUGCUGGUCAGAGGUGGCAACAUGGAGACGGCCUCCAUGGUUGACAGGCGGCGACAUGUGCCGUACGUGUUGUUUAGCGGGACGAGGAAAGGCGAUGUAGAUUCCACAACAAUGUCUCAGGAGCUGUUGAAGGUGUUCAAUCAGAUACGGCUGCUAGAGGAGCAGCACAGCGCCGGGCUAAAUUUGACAACCGCGCUGCAUGGGGAGCUCGUGCAAGCGCAAUCGCGGGUGCGAGAGCUGGAGCAACCGAAGCGGAGCGCCCGACGAGAGGAGGAGGGGCUUACGAAGAAGUUUGCCGAGGAGAAGUUGGCUUGGAAGGUGAAGGAGAAGGAAAGGAUCAAAGCUGCGGUGCAACCGUUGAAGAAGGAGCUGGAGGAAGAGCAAGCUGCCAGGCAGAAACUGGAGAACGUCAACCGGAAAUUGACAAAGGAGCUUGCGGAGGCUCAGACAGCGACUGCGAAGGUGCUCCAGGAGCUUGCGAACGAGCGUAAGGCCCGCCAGCUAAUCGAGGGAGUGUGUCACAAGCUGGCGCAGGAGACGGGCGAAAACAAGUCCGAAGUGGACGAGAUGAAGACCCACUUACAGAAGGUGAGGGAAGAGCUCGAGGAGGAGCGGCGCAUGCUGCAGCACGCGGAGGUCUGGCGCGAGGAGCGCGUCCAGAUGAAAAUGAGUGAGGCGAGACUGGUGCUCGAGGAGAAGAGCGCCGCUCUAGAUGUCAUGCGCGGCGAGUUAGAGUCCUUCCUUCGAUCUAAACACGACAAUCCCAACGGCAUGACCUCGGACGACGUCACUUUUAGAGAAGCCCAGAUCUUACACAAUGUGCUCGACGCAGUUCAGGAGAGCGUUGUCACUAGCGUCUCCAGCUCCGACUUCAUUCUCGACACAGAAUCAUCAAGUCAAGCGAUGCAGAGUCCAAAUUCUGGACAUGCCGAAACCGAGGCGAGGGCAUUGUUCUACGCUGAAGGCAUACCAGAUGCCGACUAGAAAUCAAUUGAAGUCAGAGUCAUUUAAUGUAAGCAAAAAAUUCGGGGAGGCGGUCGAAAGCGCCAAGAUGUGAAUUAAUUACUUACCUGUACAGAUGAUGUAAUUAUGUCAAGCUUGAAGCACAUAGCGGUAACAUCGAAUUGUUAACGAAGGUCCCUACGUCCUCCAGCUUGAAUGGUUGCCGAAGGUAUAUCUGCAGAGGUGAAUUGGGUACAGUCACAUGAAAAUUGUGCUGUGUACAUUAGCUUCGGGUGUUGCAAUAGGGGUUGGAUUUGCGGGAGCUAACGGAAUGGUGAAUUGAAUCAGUAGUCCGGAGAGAUCAGAAAAAAAAAAAAAACCCAAUUGAAAAACAUAUUGCGGGAAAUUGAUCCAGUUGAAGCCAUAGCGCUAAAAGUUCGCUGCCAAUGCACAUUUUUGAGGUGAGUGGGCUGGCCAUGAAGUUGCUGGAACCUUGAAAAUUCAUCAUACUUUCUCGAAGUAAGAUCUCUCGAGGGUGAAGAACAAAGAAGAAUUAAGGAAAAUUCUAAGAAAUGCCAUUUCAAAUCACAUCACAACAGUUACAAUUGCAGAAACAAGGGAGAGAAAAAGAAUUGUGCAUUGUAACAGAAACAGUAAGUGCUUCUGCCACUCUAGUCCCCAAUUGUGUUAUAUAUUUGAGAGCAUGUGCGAAGUUAUUGUGCUUUAAUUACUAAUGUGUGGACCCAUGUAUCUCCAUUGUGCGCUCACAAUUAUGCGUUCACAUUCUGUGACGUUAUUUACAGGUUAUCCAUGAGGUUUUGCUACUGGAAGAGAUAAGUUCAGCUUGAGUUAUUCAUAACAUACGCACAUGAAAUUUUGGUGGACUUGGGUGCAUCCAAGAAAAGUGCUAAAAAGAAAUUUGGCUUUCUCCUAAUGACAUAUGAAGUAAAUGAUGUCCUAUCUGCUUGUUCUGCUGCAACGCUAGUAACAACCACGACAGUAGAGUGUUAUGUAAAAUACACACACAUGUGAGAUGCAAGUAAUCUUGGUUUUUAAGUGACAUGACUAAGGUCUUUUUUUUGUAUUACUCACUUAUGUAUAUACAAGCUUCAAUGGCACAUCAUGCAAA